GACCUUUUUAACAUUAUGGCUAACCUUCCUUCAAGCAGGGGAAUGGACCAGACACCUCCCCAGUUCACUUUCAGACCACGAUAUCCUGAUCUGACAAUCCAAUAAUAUGUCGACUACAGAUAUAGGGAAGGUCACCACACUUCUCCCACUAAAUCCUUGGUGCCACGACUCCAACCAGCUCCCGCCCAGCCGGCAGCACCGCCCCGUGCCCGCCCCUCCACAGCUCGGCGGGCUGGGCGAGGCGGGGCCGGGCAAGGGGAAGGGGAAUAGGAAUCCCUUCCGGCGCAGCCCGGCAGCCAUGGCCGAUGAGGAGGAGGACGUGCCCUUCGAAGAGGACGCGGAGGACGCCGGCGGGGGCCUGGACGGCGGGCAGGGCAGGAGGAAGAGGCUGUUCUCCAAAGAGCUAAGAUGCAUGAUGUAUGGAUUCGGGGACGACCAGAACCCUUACACAGAAUCUGUGGACAUUCUUGAGGACCUUGUAAUAGAGUUUAUCACAGAAAUGACACACAAGGCCAUGUCAAUCGGGCGGCAGGGCCGCGUACAGGUCGAGGACAUUGUCUUUCUAAUUCGCAAGGACCCCCGGAAGUUUGCCAGGGUUAAAGACCUCCUUACUAUGAAUGAAGAACUGAAACGAGCCAGAAAGGCCUUCGAUGAAGCAAACUAUGGAUCUUGAUUCUGUGCACAAGCUGCACUGGGGCUUCAUCUGGGCUGCCCAAGUAACGGCAGCUGCCCAGUAAGAAGGAAGAUCGUGUGUGUUGUUUGGAGGGGUUAUUCAGGAUGAAGGUCACUGCUGGGAUGUCUGCCCUCGCUCCCAGCCUUUUCUGAGAACUAUUCAAGCAGCUGAAAUGUUAUCUGAUUGUAUGUGGUAUACUUAGGUAUUUUUAUACCAUUUUAGGAAAUGAAAAUUCCUGUAAUGGCAGGAAGCCUGUUUGAAGUAGACCUGUGUUGUAUCAGAUGGCUAGACAGCUAAUGAUCCAUGAUUCUCUACAGCUAUUUCAGUUAUCACUGGGUACUCCUGUGAGAGGAAACCCAGAAAAUGGAUCUUGGUUAUCUGGACACAGGCUGGACACAGCCUUCAAGCCCAAACUACUCUAAAAGUUCUGCUUUUUGCUCUGUAUAUGCUCUUUGAAUAAAACAUUUUAAGUUUGUGCCUACU